AUGGACUCCUUCGAGGCCCGAUUGCAGUUCAUUCAAGUGCUCAAGAAUUUGCAAAAGACCCUAAAUGUGUUAAAGACGGGAGGGCAUGAUGAGUCGAGGUCUAAUUCACCCAGUUUGAAUAGAUCGACGGGUACAGAUCCAAUACAGUUUUACUUGAAAAAUUACUACCAGCACUAUGAAGAUUUUCAUCAGUGCCUGUUUGAUACUGCAUCUAAGAUGGACCCACUCGAUAGGAUCAAUGUUGUGUUGUAUUACGCUCGCAUCAUGUGUAUACUAAAGAGCCGAGAUUCUGACGUCAACUCUAGGAUACUUAAAGACCACCUGCUGCCUUCGCUCGAUAAAUUGCUACUUCUAGCUUUACCCGUGAAUGAAUGGAAUGCAUUAACUAAUCUAAAAUCAUGCAUCGAAGUGUUUCAAUGGCUCAAUGAAGUAUGGGGGAAUGUCAUGAGCUGGACUGACGAAAUACCACAAGUGGAUCUCAGUAUCCCAAUUUCACAACUGACAUGGUACGAGUGUCCUGCAGAUACAGCUGAUCCAGAGCAAAGUUUCAAAAAUGCUGUGUUAUUACUCAAGGACCGUUUGGCGAAACAACAGUAUCUUUUCGAAUACUACAAGACCAACGGGAUUUGCGACCUAGCGACAUCGAGCUCCAGCUCUACUAUUCUGCAUCGCAUGGAAAAUGACCGCGAGAAGCACAAGAGAUUAAAAGAGAACAAUUGGGUCCUCGAACGGCCCUCCAUUAGCAUUGUCGAUCCUCAGGAAUUCAGGUCUAUGUGGGAAAACGAACCUUAUAAUACACUUACCAAGCAGGACUACAAGAACAUUAAGGACCUUAAUAGGAUAGCUCAACAGAGCUACGCAACGGGUUAUAAUUGA